CCCCCCUUCUUAUUAACCCCACCAUCUCCAUUUGCUCCUCCCAGAACUCCAUGUGCCCCUCUCUCCUCUCCUCCAUUCUCCUUGGACUGCACAAACACACAUACAUUAGGCUUGCUUUGUGUUUGUGACUCUUUGCUUGGAGUUUUCCAAUAACAGAGGUCAGUCUGAGCUUUGGUACAGGUACCCAUUUGCCCAAUUGGGAAAACCCAGAAAACUGACCCCAAGAUAUCACAUUUUCCUUUUGGAGAUUUUGGCAAUGGGGUUGAUUUGGGUGUGUGGGAAUAGCCUCAUUUCCAAGUUGGGUUUUUCUGGCUUCUUUCAGUGAACGAGAUCUAGGGGUUUUAUUUUGGUUCUCACCUGCGGAGGAGGCUGAAGAGGGCUUUCAUUUUCUAUUUAAGGAAAGUCUGAAAGCGGGCUGAAAGGAGAAGACUUCAAGCAUUUUUUCUUCACCCUGUUCUUUUGGUUUGUGCUUUACUGUGUGCCAAUUUUCAUCCGGGUUGUCUUUGGGAGAUUUCAUACUGUGCUUUAGUCUGUUUGCGUAAUCAAUCUGGUUUCUGCUCUCUCUGAGGGAUCUUUUUAUCAGUGAAGAAAUGGCAUCCGAUCUUAAUACUGAAUUAGCCAAGAAGACAUUUGUUUUUGGCUUAAAAGUUUGGGUAUUAACAGGGAUCCUUGUGGGAGUUUUUAUUGUGACCAUUCUACUGGUGCUAUCAAUUUGUCUUACUUCGCGAAAGAAAUCCAGAAAGUCAAAUGACAUGCUUCCUCUUAACCAAAUUCCAAAUGUUUCAAGGGAAAUUAAAGAGAUUAGGGUUGAUCAAGCCUCAGCAAAUAACCGUAUGCCCCGUGGUUCUCUCCUGACCCUUAAUGAGAAAUUCAGUGACAGAGAAUCAGAGAAAGUUUUGAUUCAUAAAAAUGGAGAUAGUAGCAGUCGAUCAGGCUCAUUUAAUAAUGCAGAGAAGGAAAAUGUUGGCUCUCAAUCUGGAGACGAGGGUGGUGCAGGGUCAGCUUAUACACAGAAGCCAUCUUCACAUCCUAUAACUGCCCCUUCACCUCUUUGUGGUCUACCGGAAUUCUCUCACCUUGGUUGGGGUCACUGGUUUACAUUACGGGAUCUUGAAUUUGCAACAAACCGGUUUUCAAAGGAAAAUGUCAUUGGUGAGGGUGGAUAUGGAGUUGUUUAUCGCGGUAAUCUGAUUAAUGGAACUCCUGUGGCUGUGAAGAAGCUACUCAACAACCUAGGACAAGCAGAGAAGGAAUUUAGAGUGGAAGUUGAGGCCAUUGGGCAUGUACGACACAAAAACUUGGUUCGUCUUCUAGGAUACUGCAUCGAAGGCACCCAUAGGAUGCUGGUUUAUGAGUAUGUCAACAAUGGAAAUCUGGAGCAAUGGCUUCAUGGAGCUAUGCGACAUCAUGGAUAUCUAACAUGGGAGGCGCGCAUGAAAGUGCUCCUUGGCACUGCUAAAGCGCUGGCUUAUUUGCAUGAGGCCAUCGAGCCAAAAGUAGUGCAUCGAGAUAUCAAGUCGAGUAAUAUCUUGCUUGAUGAUGACUUCAAUGCUAAAAUAUCUGACUUUGGUCUGGCAAAGAUGCUAAUGGCUGGAAAGAGCCAUAUUACGACUAGAGUUAUGGGAACCUUUGGAUAUGUAGCCCCCGAAUAUGCCAAUUCUGGCCUUUUAAACGAGAAGAGUGAUGUUUAUAGCUUUGGCGUUGUGAUUUUGGAAGCAAUUACUGGAAGAGACCCAGUGGACUAUGGUCGGCAAGCACAAGAGGUAAAUUUGGUAGACUGGCUCAAGAUGAUGGUUGGAAGUCGGCGUUCAGAGGAGGUGGUGGAUCCAAACAUUGAGACCAGACCAUCGACAAGCGCCCUUAAACGAGCCCUCUUGACUGCGUUGAGGUGUGUAGAUCCUGAUUCUGAUAAAAGACCAAAGAUGGGUCAAGUUGUUCGCAUGCUUGAAUCCGAGGAAUAUCCUGUACUUCGAGAGGAUCGAAGACGCCGAAAAAGUCAAGCAGGCAAUGUGGAGGGCGAGUCUCAGAAAGACAAUUCUGAUACAGAUAGGAGUGACAAUCCAGAUACAAGGACCAACAACAGAAGGAACAAUCGAACAUAGGCAAUUGGACAAAUCAAUGAUAAAUCAGAGGGGAAUACAAGUGAACAUGUUACAUUCUUGUCGAGCUUUCAUACUCUUGGACCUGCCUGAGAGAUGAAGGAAAUGAAUCAGAAAGAGGAUUUUUUUUUCUUUUCUUUUAAAUAUAUAAACCUACUUAUAGAUAUUGGAGAGAUGAUGAUUGUGUAUCGAGUGGCAUUAGAAUGGGAUAUCUUGGCUACUCGGGGUGUACAGUUCGGAUUUUUCUUUGUUUUUUGCUCUCAGGUGAUUGUAGUUCAUGAGAUGUUUGUAUGUUUUGCCCUUUGUUGAAGGAAAAGAUUUCGAGACAAAAAUUACA